CAGGUGGGUUGGGACCAAUUGAUGCAUCUUAGAUGGCCGCUUGCUAGCUUUUAAGACGCCAGAUGCCACUCACCAAAAUGGAACAGAAUCUAUACGAUUCUGGUGGGAGUGUGAAAUGGCAUAACCACUUUGGAGAAUUGUUUGGCAAUUUCUAAUAAAGUUAAACAUACUAUGAUCUUGCAGUUCUACUCCUACAUAUUUAUCCAAGAGAAAUGAAAGUACAGGUAGUCCCUGACUUACGACAGGGUUCUGUUUUGAUGACUCUGUCGUGUCAGUUUUGACAUAAGUUGAAUACCUCAUUUUUAAAUAAGUUUUGAUUAUUACUGCCCUUUUAUUAUCAGUAUCUAUAACUCUGAUCUGUAUUUGUCUUUGGAGGUUGGCAUGAAAAUGAUAACAGCAAAUUAUGUGCCUCCACAUUGUAUGUAGUACAUAUUACUAGUGAUAAGAUGUACCAAAAAAAGGAUGGUUGUAAGUGCUGUUUAUAGUAACUCGAAUAUGUCAUAAGUCAGAGACUACCUGUAUAUGUCCACAUAAAGACUUGUAUAAGAAUGUUCUUAAUCAGCUUCAUUCUUAAUAGCCCAAAACUGGAAACCAUGUACAUGUCCAUCUGCCUGAAUGAAUAAACUGUGGUGUUUUCAUAUAAUGGAAUACUAAGUAAUAAUAAAAAACAAACUAGGACAAUAUGGGUGAAAUUCAGAAACAUUAGUGAGAGAAGUCAGUUAUAAAAGAACACAUGCUGUAUGAUUUCAUUUAUAUGAAGUUCAAGAGCAAGCGAAACUAAUCCUUGGUGAUAGCAGUCAGAGUAGUGUUUGCCUGGGGAGGGAAAGGGCAGAAGGGAACCUGGAACCUUCUACAGUGCGGGAAAUAUUCUGUAUCUUGAUCUGGGAGAUGGUUACGUAGAUGUCUGUCAAAAUCCAUUGAGCUGUAUGGUUAAGACAUGUUACUGUAUGUAAAUUAGACCUCAAAGUAUUGUUAGCAUAAAAAAUAGUGGAAAUAUCCCAUCAAUCAUAAUUAACAAAUGCAUUGUCUGUUUUCUAAACCAAUAUACAACUAUCAAAGAGAAUUGUACUUCAUUAUGACAAUAUUUGCUUUUAUUAAUGACAAGUGAAAAUCUUAAAACUAAAUUGUUUCUCUUCCAGGGAAAGCAGGGCCUGACUCCAGCCACCUGUGUCGUACCUGUUUUUCUCCUUUCCAGAUCCAUUGACGAGAUGAAACGGUUGGAGGAAAUGUCAGGUGUGUUUCAGAGCUCUGGAGUUGAGCACCACUCCCCGGAACCAAAAUCCCAAACAGAAGGAAAUGAAGAGUCAGGGGACCGAGCGCAGCCAUGGGAAAUGGUGAUGGAUAAGAAACACUUUAAGCUGUGGCGGCGUCCCAUCACAGGCACCCCCCUUUACCAGUACAGAGUUUUUGGAACCUACACAGAUGUGACACCCCGGCAGUUCUUCAAUGUUCAGCUGGACACAGAAUAUAGAAAAAAGUGGGAUGCCCUGGUAAUCAAGCUGGAGGUGAUCGAGAGGGACGUGGUUAGUGGUUCUGAGGUUCUUCACUGGGUAACACAUUUUCCUUACCCAAUGUAUUCACGGGAUUAUGUCUAUGUUCGACGGUAUAGUGUGGAUCAGGAGAACAACGUGAUGGUGUUGGUGUCACGGGCUGUGGAGCACCCUAGUGUGCCAGAGUCUCCGGAAUUCGUGAGGGUCAGGUCAUAUGAAUCCCAGAUGGUUAUCCGUCCCCACAAAUCAUUUGAUGAGAAUGGCUUUGACUACUUGUUGACAUACAGUGACAACCCCCAGACUGUUUUCCCCCGCUACUGUGUUAGUUGGAUGAUGUCCAGUGGCAUGCCGGAUUUCCUGGAGAAGCUGCACAUGGCCACUCUGAAAGCCAAGAACAUGGAGAUCAAAGUAAAAGACUACAUCUCAGCUAAGCCUCUGGACAUGGGCAGUGAGGCCAAGGCCACCACCCAGUCAUCUGAGCGGAAGAACGAGGGUAGUCGUGGCCCUGCCCAGAUCGAGUAUGCCUGAAGGGCUUUGGGAUGAGGAGGGAAAGGCUGCUUCUACUCCUGUCUCAGUCCUUCAUCCCUCUGGGAAGAAUGGGACAAGCCACCUGUAUUACAGUGUGUCUGCUGCAACUACCAGUGGGAUAAUUCAAUAACUGGUGUUUGACUUCACUCAGAGCCCUUACUGGUCUUUAUCAGAACAGAGAGAAGAAGGCAUCCCUGGGGACGUUGUCAUAUUCUCAGGCCAAGCAUUUUGAAAUUCAGUAUGUCACUGAGCUAACCUGCAGCACACCUCUCACUUCACGCCAGAAGGGGGAUGAUGUCCGUUGGCUUCCUCUGAGUUGUUCCUCUGCUGACAUUCCAGUUCCCACCAUCGCUCUGCUUCGGAGUCCUUCAGUUCCCACCGUCGCUCUGCAGGGCUUCGGAGUCCUUCA